UGAGCCGGAAGCUGCCUCAUUCAGUACUACGAUGUUAUGAUGUGACUUGACAUCCCAACGUGGAUUGAUUGUAGUUUUGCUUAGUUUUACAGAUAGUUACUGUAACCGGUUGUAAUUCUGUACGCAACGUUUAAAUCGGACGGCACUUUUUUUCUGAUUUUUAUAUUGGUUUACAAACCUCUGUAAUUUAGUUGCGUUUUAUGUAGUUUACAUUGGUUAGUUUUGCCUGGACUCUGUUCUUUGCCUUCGUUGCAACAUGGACGCUGUUGCUGUGGAAACAGGUUGUAAUAAGCUACCGCAGGUUGAGGUUGGCAAAUGAGCGUACUGAGAAAAAUAAGAGCAAACGUUGUAUCGAAUUAGUUGGACUCAUUUGCUUAUGAUUGUGGUAGUGUGAUUUUUGUUCACUGAUGGAGAUACACCAACAUGGAUUCUGCACGAGAUGAAAUUCAAGAGGAUACAGAUCCACAGAUACUGUUUGUAGCUGCUGAAAUUGCAGAAAGCUCUGAUCUGAAUAUUCCUUCUAGUCUGUUAAAACUGAAACAGAUCUUGGAAGGAGUGCCAUCUGGGAGCAAAGAAUUAAAGAAGCUGAAGCAAGACAUUUACCGUUAUGAUCUUCUCCAGUAUUGUGUUGUGAUCCUUAAACAGGACUUUUCUCGAAUUAAUGGAGGCUGGGCAACAGCAACUCAGCUGGGACAAUUGCUAAGUGACUGUUGUUUGGGACUGGAGCCAAAUGUAGAUUCUGAUGAAUUUUACAACAAUGUGCUUCCUGCGGCUGUGGAUAAUUUGCUGUUCCUGGCAAGACGUCUGCAAGCUCGUUUCAUUAGAGCAAUUAAGGACUGUGAAAAAAUGGAGUUUUUGCACCAUUUUCGUACUGUAACAGAUUCACUGUGCUGGCUAAUUGGUGGGCAUUUUAUGCUUGCACAGCAUGUGCUACGGUCAGAUCACUUUUUGCAGUUGAUUAUAACUGAUGAUAUUGAAACUGGAACUGUCAUGAUGUCAGCACUGCAGAACAUUAUUAGAGUAAACAGCUCAAUUUUCACAAAUCUCGAUGAAAAGACAAUUUGCUCCAUACUGGAUGAGCUUGUAUACAAACUUUCUUCUACUUCAAAUCCUGUUAUUGGCAGUACUGCUACAAAAUUGCUGCUGCUGAUGGCCGAAUCACACCCUCCUGUUGUACAGAUCUUAUGUACCUCUUAUAAAGGGAUACAUAUAAUUUUGAGCAAACAGUGGACAGGACGAGGAUUUGGCAGAGAACUCACUCGGCUGUUGGAGCUGCUAAGUACAAGAUCCUCCCAACAAGAAGAGAUGCAGAAUUUUUUUCAGAUCUGCAGUUUUAUUCAACUAGCAUGGAGGUGGUUCUCAACCAGCAAAAAAACAAGAAAACUGCCUUCGGCGCCGACACCUUUACAAACGUCCUUCAGGGCAAAGCGCGAACAAGAACUGCAAGUGUUGGGAAGAAAAAAAGAAGAGGAAGAGCUGAGACAACAGUUACAACUUAGGAGGCAUCGAGCAAUGAGGGAAUUUCGAGAACGUCAGCUUCUGAUGCUGGAAAUAGUCCCAGCUUCUCAGAUUGGCAGACAUCUUCAAGAUAUGGAGCAGAAAUCAGCAGUCAUGAUUCAGAAGCACUGGAGGGGGCACAGAGAAAGAAGGAAUUACCACAAGACAAAGCAGACUCUGAGAGAAUUUAAAGCUGCUGUUACUGUUCAGAGAGCUGUUCUGAAAUUUUUAGAAAGACGAAGAAAGUUGAGAAAAGUUUUCUCUCCAUUGAGAGAACCUAAAGGUCUCUCAGAUGUACGAAGAUUAGAGUUGCUGCAAAAAGUAGAACAACAUAUUAAACUGCAUCCAAAAUCAUCAAUGUCAGAUGAAGGAAGUACAGAACUUCAUAUGAAGUGCCAAGAAAAGCUAGGCCAGUACUUAAUGAGAAGGAACCUACAACAGAAAGAUGAUCAGCGUAGAGAAGCCUUGCUUGCUCAAAUUAACACGGACAUUGAACUUCUUUCUAAUGCUCCAGGUCUGAAGGAGGUGACCGAAAAAGAACUUGACUUGUUUACCAGCAGGUCACUUCCUGUAGCUGCAAGGGCUAAACAAUCCCAUAAUACCAUGCUACAGUUCACACGCUGGCCAUGGUGGAAGAAGCUGGGAGACGAAUUCAUAGAUCCUGAAGCUAUUCCUUCACAGGAAAUAGACAUGGACUUUGAAAGUUUAUAUAUUGGGGGUAGUAAGACAACAUAGUCUGGCUUGUGGCAUCUACAGUUUCAGGAAGCUUCUUCAAUGACAUUUAUAAAUGCUCAGGUUUGCACGUUUUAAUAUUGCCCAAAAUUUACACUUUUUCAACUGUUGUGUCUGUUUUUAUUGUCUAGAUGAUUUAUAAAAAAGCAACUGAAGAUUUUCAUUUGAAGCAUGGUUAUACCCA